GAUCUACCGGUUGGCUGCCGAACUUCUACACAAUUCAUCAUGGAAGAUUCGACAUUGACCUCACUGCCUGUGGAACUCAUUCUCAAGAUUUUUUCUGCGCUAGACUGGAGAACGCUAUUGGUUUGCCGAGAGGUUUGCAGUUUCUUCCGGUCAAUAGUAGAAGGCGAUCUAGCUCAAUAUGACAUCGAGCUUGCUGUAUCCGGGAUGAUGAACGGCCCUCCAAGCCCACUUACCGUCUCAGAUCGGCUUGUACUUCUUAAGGAACGCAAUGCUGCAUGGGAGUCUCUGAGAUGGGUAGAAUCGAAGGACAUACAGAUGAUGCACGGCGACAUCUGGGAGUUGUACGGUGGCGUGUUUGCGCAAUCUAGCACGCCAGAUGUCCUUCACUUCCGUCGGCUGCCAUCAAAAUACAGAAACAUCGAAGAAAAGUUAUGGCAUGUGGCACUGGACAUACAUGUUCGAGACUUUACCAUGGAUCCUGCGCAAGAUCUUCUAGUGCUCAUCGAGCAUUCCAACUUGCUCCCCAACCCAAACUCCGCUACCCGUAGCAUUCGGAUCCAUCUACGUUCCCUCACCACAGGAGACAGGCACAGAUUGGCGCCUCAACCAGCUAUUCUUGUUCAUGACCUCGAUGUGCGGAACACGUUCCCAACGCAUACAUUACAAGUGUGCGGUAACCUUCUGGGUAUCUUAUUCAUGAGCCUCGUAGCUCCAAACCAAGAACUUACCAUAUGGGACUGGACAACGGGCAAAGUCGUUUUGGUAAUGACUCGUACCAGCCCUGAAAUUGCGACAUUUACGUUCCUCAGCAGUCGCUUUUUGCUAGUGGGCAGUCUCGUUGGCAUCGAAGCUUUAAACACCCGGUCCCGCCUCUAUGUGCUCGAUAUGGCCCGAUCGUCUAGUGAAAAGAUUGGCCUUGCGGCAGAUUAUUUUUGCGCAUUUUUGUGGCCCGAAUUCGGUCUUUGGACCAGCCCAUUAACGUUUUCAAUUCGCUCUGAUCCAUCGCCUGCCUGGCAGCCUGAUCCAGAGGUCCAGUUACCUUUCUUAAUGGCGCAUCGGGACAGACUCUUCAUAAUUGCAGCCUCCCUGUUGUGCGACGGCCGUGUCGCCUACUACGAUCUGUUCGUUUCAGCUGGCACUUUUUUAUCCCAUAUUGAGGCUAUUCCUACGGGGAGCCGACGUGAUAUCGACUGGGACGAGUGGGGCCCCACAGGCACACGCUUGAUGCGGUCUCCGUCGCGCUUUUCCCCGUGGGUCUGCUACGUCUUUGGGACCAAACAUGUGUCUCUUGUUCAGCCGAUCCAGAUGUUUCCGCAGACUUUGGAGAUACGGGAUUUCAACCAGCUCGCAAUAAAGAGAGAUGCCAAUGUUCAAGAUGUUGUUGCUGAUCAUGUAUGUGAUGCAACGGUGAUCAGCGGUGUCUUUCAGGACAAAGCCCAGACAAGUCUACCUUACCGGCUUACCAGGCGUACCCUACCUCCACCGCGUUCUUCUUCGGAACCAUUUUUCAAUGCUGUCAUGUGCAGCGAAGACAGCGUCAUUUUGGUGGAUUCUAGCCACCGGCGUCUUCGCAUUCUCACUUUUUGAGCAGUGCAGAUCAUCGAAUCCGAAGAGACCGUUGCGACGCCUCUUGCCAAAAAGAGCUACGCAUCGAGGCUGCCUGGGCCCUACAUUUCC